AUGGCCACCGUCGCUAACUUCUUAGCGAAACCAAUCGCCACCGUGAUCCCACGGCCUUCCUCCGCCGUCACCUCCACCUCUUCCUUCGUAUUCCUCGACCACAAACCAAACUCUCUGUCUCUAAAACAGAGCUGGAGAAAGCUCCCCUCAAGAAGACUAUUCUCCUCCGCGAAGGCCGGAGCGGCACCGCCGGGGAAGGUGGAUUCACCGGCGGCCAAGGACGAGAAAGUACAGAAGAUUCACAGCGGAGAGGAAUUCGACGAGGCGUUGAAAAAUGCCAAGACCAAGCUGGUUGUUGCCGAGUUUGCCACUAGUAAGAGUGAUCAGAGUAAGAAGAUAUAUCCGUUUAUGGUGGAUCUGAGCAGGACCUGUAACGAUGUCGUUUUCUUGCUCGUCAUGGGUGAUGAGUCCGAAAAAACCAGAGAGCUCUGUCGUAGAGAGAAGAUCGAGAAAGUUCCUCACUUUAGCUUUUAUAAGAGCAUGGAGAAAGUUCACGAAGAAGAAGGUAUUGGACCGGACCAGCUAAUGGGGGACGUGUUAUACUACGGGGACAACCACUCGGCGGUGGUGCAGCUGCACGGAAGAGCUGACGUGGAGAAGCUGAUCGACGAAAACAAAGCCGGAGGGAAGCUGAUAGUGCUUGACGUUGGUCUGAAGCACUGUGGACCGUGCGUUAAGGUUUAUCCGACGGUUUUGAAACUGUCCCGGUCGAUGGCGGAGACCGUUGUGUUCGCCAGAAUGAACGGCGACGAGAACGAUAGCUGUAUGGAGUUUCUCAAGGACAUGAAUGUCAUCGAGGUUCCAACUUUUUUGUUCAUUAGAGACGGCGAGAUUCGUGGCCGGUAUGUUGGUUCCGGGAAAGGAGAACUCAUCGGAGAGAUUCUCCGGUACUCUGGCGUUCGUGUCACUUAUUAA